UCUUGGCGUCGCUCGCCAUAAGAAGCCAACCACGCUGCCCUACCCAGUAGUGCCCCUACUGGCUGCUACCACACUGCUGUCCCUGCGCCCUGAUCCAGUGCUGGGAUCGCGUCAUGGGGAUCUGCCUAUCAGUGGCUCUCUGGAAGGAGAAGCUCUAUGCGGACGGCGGCCGCCGGUCAGUGCGGGGGCGCGUCGACGAGGUCGCCGGCGUGAAGGAUGGUGGCUGCGAGUACGAGAUCUUGGGGGCCGAUGUGCUGGAGGUGGAGAAAAAGGUAGUGUUGGCGGCUCCGGCGGCGGAGGGCGUGAAAAGCAGCGGAGCGGAAGGAGCACCGGCCGUGUCCGGCGGCACGCCGGCGGCCCCGGCGCGGCCGAUUUGGCAGAGGAGGGUGCUGAUGGGCGUCAAGUGCCAGCUGCCACGGUUCAGCGGGAUGAUACUCUACGACGAGACUGGCCGGCCUGUGUGCAGCGGCAUUCGGGACAGAGCUCGUGACCAGGAGAAGCAUGCGGCGGCGAUCUCAGUGCUCAGGGAGCUGCUCUAGGCCAUGUCAGUGCGUGAACGGUGGCACCUGUUCCCGAGCACAGCUUUCUGUUCCAAUACUAUAUAUAUGUUUGUAGUACAUCUUUGUUGAUGGGCUGCAUAUGUUUUCAGUCUGUAUCAGGAGCUAGCCAGCUCGGCAAUAAAAUCCUUCACAAUUCGCAGUCCGAGCAUA